AUGGACGAUGCGUGGUUCCACACCCUCACAUCGGCGCCGGCGGUCGCAAAAGAGAAGCCUCAGCAUAAACGACGGGCUUCCCUGUUGCAGCAACCUGCCGAAGAGAAAGCUGAUGGGGCGAUAGAGCCUAUUCAGGAAGUUACUGAAGACGACAGCCCGUGGAUCGGGCCUCCCAAGGCGUCCCUAGCACGACGAGCGCAGAGCUACAGCGACUUCUACCAUGCCGUGCAUGCGUACGCCGAGAACGAGCCACUCUAUCGGAGGAAGCAGAGCCUCUCUGGGCAGCAGGAGACGGGAGCAAGUCGAUCAGAGUUGGACUUCGAGGCAGAGUUCGGACAGCUGGAAGAGAGCUUGCUGGACAACAGCCAUUGGGGCUAUCAUUCAUACCAAGAACAGCUGGAGCUGUCAGACACACAUCUCGGGAACCUACUUGCGUCCACAGCAGAGUCGCUGUCUGUGCUCUCGACCCUCUCGAACUCCUUCAAAGCGGUGGAAGCUCAGACGGAAGCAUUUCGCCAGCAGUGCGAAUCACUCAUCGGCGAACAACGACGUCUCACUGCGCUCGCAGACGCUCUGGACGAGAAUGCACAGUACUAUGCAUAUCUGGACCCCAUGACCAGGCGGCUCAAUGCGCCGGGCGCAGCGAAUCUCGUAAAAGGCAAGGACUUUCCCGAGAUGCUAUCGAACCUCGACAACUGUCUUGCGUACAUGGAGUCACAUCCAAAGCACAAGGAGUCAGCGACGUACCGCAGUCGAUAUCGUCUUCUGCUUACACGAGGCCUGACUCUGAUAAGACAUCACUUUACCAAGUCUCUCGGAGAGAUUGCUGCCGAUAUCAGCAAGAGGGUCCAAAGUGGUCAGCUCAAAGACACUACGCACUCUGCGCUGUUGUACGCCAAGUUCAGAGUUCCAGCUCCUGAACUCAAGGCUCUCGGACUUGAGAUCCAGAAACGCGCCGUGCUCACUCCAGACGAUGUGGAUGCUGGUCGCGAGCCGGAAUAUCUCGGUCUGCUUCGUGAGCUGUACCAGUCGUAUGCUGCCACGCGUGGCCGUCUGAUCCUACCACUCGUUGCUAAGAAGAUGGCCGAGCUCGCAGCCAGUCCGCAGCAUACGGAUGUCAUGUCGUUCGCGAAGACGGCUGUCAGCUUCAUACGCGGCAUCUGCCUGGACGAGUACGACUUGUGGUUCGAAUGGUUCGAGACUGACGGCGCCUUGUACGAGUUCUUGGAGAGCUUGAUGGAACCCAUGUAUGACUACCUUCGACCAAAGACGAUACAUGAGACCAAGAUGGAGAUGCUGUGUGAUCUAUGUGCCAUGAUACAGGGUCGUUACACGGAAACAGAGUCUGACGACGAGGACGAUCUUGACAAUGCUGUGGUAAGCCCCUCGGUUCAUGGCAGACCUAUUGGUAGGAAGCUUGACUUUGCAAGCCUGAUACAACCUGCCCUCGAAGACGCGCAGACACGGCUUGUCUUUCUGGCCAUGAACGUGUUGCGAGACGGUAUAGAGAACUACAAGCCCAAACCUGAAGAUCUCGAGAUCUCGCCACGAAAAGCAAUGACUGGGACCAACGGACACAAGAAGGGACCAGUAAUGUCUGGCAAGCGCAAUCAGUCCAAGCCUGACAUCCGGGUGCCGAAAACGCCAACCGCAGUCGACAACGACGACGAAGACGGUGAAAGUAUGUUGAGCAAGCGCUUUGCUUCGGAACAGCCGACGACUGUCAGCAGACAUUGGUACCCGACCCUCCGCAAAGCCAUAUGGCUGCUGCGCCGGAUCUACCGUCUGGUGAACAGUACCGUCUUUGACGACUUGGCACAUCACAUUGUCCAUUCAACUAUCACUUCCUUGGUCUACGCCAGCCAUCAAGUUGGAAGCAAAAAGUCGCCUCAAGAUGGACAGCUCUUCCUCAUUAUCCACUUCUUACACCUGAAACAGCAGAUCGUCGCUUUUGACAUCGAGUUCAGCCCGCCCGAAGUUGAGUUCGACUUCUCGUCUGUGACCAACACUUUCUACGAGCUCCGGGAAAGAGGCAGUCUAUGGAAUCCUGCAUCUUGGGUACGGCUGGUCGGCGGUGCCGUUGGCGGCGGCCUGCUUCCGAAAGUCGUGGAGAACAUGCUUGAUGCAAAGGCUGAGCUGGACGGCAGGCUGAGAACAGUAAUCAACGACUUUGUCAACGGCUACGCCUCGCAUAUCACAGCACCUGUAGAGACUACAACCGUCGCUCAACAGAAGGACGAUUUUGACCCACUCAAGGCAGUGCGUACUGUUCGUGGCCUGGCGGAGAAAGACGUUCCUGCCCUAAGGGCGAAGCUCGACGAGUUUGUGGACGAUGCGAGGACAAGAGAGACGCUUGUUGCCGCUGUGCGGGAUCAAGUCAUCACGACUUACGAGGACUUCUUCGACACCUAUAGCGAGGGGAAAGGUAAGAAGAUCAGCAAGAAGGGCAAGGCAAGAGAGGAUGAGGUCUGGGGCCCUGACCUAUUCAAUGAUGCUAUGGAGCAUUUGUUUCAGGUUGGGCAAGUUGUUGGUGAUGAUGGGAAUGACAGCGGUGGAAGUGGCGAUAUCAGUGAUUGA